AAGAGCUACGCAGAACAAUCAGGAAACAAUACAUGGAGCUUAACGUAGUGCAAGCCAUGGCAGCUGUCCUCAUGGUGCUAGUAACCACGAGAGCGCUAUGGUAUCUGCUUUGGAGGCCGUAUGCCGUGGCCAGGUGGUUCCGACGGCAGGGCAUCAGAGGUCCGCCUUACAAUCUCCUGGUUGGGUCCCUGCCGGAGUGCCAGAAGAUGAUUGUCGCCGGGAGAGCCAAGGAUCUGGACACCAUCUCCCACGACUGCAUCACUACCGUGCAACCCUUCUUCCAGAAAUGGGCCUCCAUGUAUGGGAAAACAUUCCUAUACUGGCUGGGGCCGACACCAGCACUGUGCUCUACGGACAUGGAGCUGGUGAAGAAAGUGUUAACCGACAGGACGGACAUGUUCCAAAAAGACUACUCAAAUCCUAGCCUGGAAGCGGUUCUGGGGAAUGGGGUUGUAUUUGCAAACGGACACGACUGGAAGCGGCGGCGCAAAUUCAUCCACCCGGCUUUCAACCAAGAGAAGAUCAAGUCCAUGUCAGCAAUAACGUUGGAGUGCACACAGCAGACAAUGGAACGGUGGCGCAACAGGCAGCAAGCCGAGAUAGACAUGAUGCACGACUCCGACGAGAUAGCCAUGAGUGUCAUUGCGAGAGUGAUGUUGGGCAAGUGCUACAAGGAGGCCUGGGAGGUGUUCAUCGCCGGAAAGGAGCAGCUGAAGCUAGCUACUUAUGCGUUUGCGGAUCCUCCGGUACCUGGAUUAUGGUACCUGCCAACACGUCGCAACCGUCGGGCAUGGUAUCUUGACAAGCUUGUGAAACAUAAGAUCUCACAGAUCAUAGAGGCGCGACUCGCUAGCGGCGUCUACGAAGAUGACCUGCUCGGGCAGAUGCUGCAGCUGCAGCUGCAAACAUGUAGCAGCGGCAGCACCGAGACCCUGAGCACCGAGGAGAUGGUUGGCGAGUGCAGGACUUUCUUCGCGGCUGGGUACGAAACCAGUGCCAGCCUCAUUACCUGGGCGAUGUUCCUGCUCGCCAGCUACCCACGGUGGCAGGAGAUGGUCAGGGAGGAGGUCGUCCGGGAAUAUCCUGCUCACCGGUUACCCAUAGGUGACGCCCUCGGCAAGUUGAAGCUG